AUGGGAAAGCUUAUCAAGAACCACUGGGCAAGACUCAUCACCCUGACGGCCGCAGUCUAUCAAGUUGCUGCCGCUCUGGAAGGCUUCUUCUGGCCCAAGAUCUUCUUCGACUUCCUGACGAAGACGCUCGACCCGGCGGUCAAGCCCAUACCGGUGCUGCAGACGAUCAACCUGGUCAUGGGCCUCUUCAUGUUCGCGUGGGAAUGGCCCCUGGGCUUCUUCGCGGGCUCCUCCUUCCACCGCAGCCUCGAGGCCCGCCUCGCCCUGCUGCCGCUCAUGUCGCUCGCCGCCGUCUUAAUAUACCAGGGCACCAACCCGGCAAUAUACUACCUCACGGCCAUGAUCGUGUACUUCUGGGCGUACAGUGAAGGCGAGAUUGUCUGCGCCAAACCUUGGACUCUGCCUCAAAGAGGUGGCCGUGGCGGUCGAGCAUAG